AUGUCUUCUGAAACUGUCGACCUAAUAUGUGGCCUAUUGGGAAUGCAAGUUCUGAAGGAAAGCAAGACCUUGAAAUGGAAGAAUAAUCAUAUCACAAUUCUUCCUACACUUUCUACUGAUGAGAACGUGAAUGCUUGCGACUCUGUUGACAUUCCGAUCAUCAGGUUUAUGGCCCAGUUUCCACCCUCACUAUCAUCUUCAAAGAAUGUUUUGCACUUGAAGGCAUAUGCGCUCGCGGAAGAAGAUAUCUUGGAUGUCGUUGGGAACGCGCUCAGGUCCAACAUCCCCAUUGUUAUCAGUGGCGUGGCAUAUGAUGGAUUGGAUGGUGACCCAUCAGUGGAAUACCUAGACAAAUAUUUCGCCAUUUCUCCAAAUCGUCCUCAUUUAGAUGUUAUAAUGCAAUCCAUAGAUCAUGUGAACCCCACAAUAAAUGGCACGAUUGAGUCGUUCUUCGACUCUAUGACAGACCCAACAAGCAUUCAAUGCAUCCUUGACAUUCCACUUGCACAAACCUCACUUCCAUGGGCUCUCCAGAACAUCGACCAUGGUAUUGUCCAUGGUUGGAAUCAAAGCGUUCAUACCGUUCCAAUCUCAUCGAAUGUUCAUCCUCACAAUUUUACUGUGAGGGGAUGGGGAAUGGCGCACCAAGCUGGAUUUCUCAUGUACCCCCAUCAUGACGUGGAAGGUACAUUGACCUGGGUUAGGAUGGAAGUUGGCGUAAAGUUUUGGGUAUUAUUCUGGCUGAAGGAUCAACACGAUGAUUGGAGUCACAUUCAAAACAUCGCAACACAACUCAUUAACUUUGUGGAGAACAAAGCCUGGUUGAAGAAACACUGCAACACUGGGUUAAUAACACUUCGUCCUGGGGAUAUGCUUAUACAGCCACCUGGCACGAUGCAUGCGGUUUACACUCCAGUGGCCUCCUUUGCUACAGGAGGCCACUUCUAUCACUAUUUGUGCAUGCAUCUCACCGAGCUCGCCAGAUACAUCGACGUCAAAGUAGGCGACUCGAUGACAAACCAAGCUCUCGACCAUGCAUUAGAGACUCUUCGUCACAUGGUGAUCGCAAUACCUUAUUUGUCGUCAACAAUAUCUUUAUCCAAGCGGCCAUUACUCAGUCUAUGCAUGAUGGCUACCAGUUCCAAGCAUUAUCACGCAAAGGGGAGUAAUCACAGGUCUGUGUGUGAUAGGGAGACAGCAAAGCCAAGCAUGGACAUCUCAGAUGUCAUUCUUGAGUUUUUAGGAACAUCUCAAUGGGUUUCAGCAAGUCAUAUACUCUACCAGGGUAAUCAGUUUACAGCCAGAGAUCUUGUAGACAGGAAGGAGCUUGACCGUGCCCUGACACAAUCUCUAGAGUUGUAA